AUGUCUGCACACAGGACCUAUCAGCGGCUUCACGCGGCUGGAUACCUUUCGGGUCCAGCUGUACAUUUGAGUGGGAUGUUUGUCCACCCUCUGCGCACACCAUCACGAGCACGGACGAUAUCAAUAAGUAGCACAUCUCGCUCGCACGAAAACCCACUCGGUCUUCCACGAAACAACCAGCGCAUUCCACCUACCAUGCCGCGUAGAGGUUCUGGUCCACCACAGCCACGCCGGAUCCCAAACGUCAAGCAAGUCGUCUGCGUCUCGUCAGGCAAAGGUGGUGUCGGCAAGUCUACCAUCUCUGCCAAUCUUGCAGUUGCACUCUCGCUCACCAACCCACCAUUACGAUCCUCAGCCGGCAAGAGCAAAAAGCUAAGGAUAGGAUUGCUGGACCUGGACAUCUUUGGACCGAGUGUACCGAAGCUCAUGGGUUUGGAAGCGAUGGGUGAGCCGGAACUGACAUCGUAUGGUGGCUUGAUACCCAUGAAGAAUCACGGCGUGAGCUGCAUGUCGAUGGGAUUUCUGCUCGGUAACAAUUCAUCUGGCUCGACAAAGGGGGAGGCGGAAGAGGAUGAAAAGGUGGUGGCAUGGAGAGGGAUGAUGGUGAUGAAGGCGACGCAGCAGCUCUUGUUCGAUGUAGAUUGGCGACUCGACCCUCUAGCACCGACACCGGAGUCUCCUGAUCAGGUGGAUGUCAGUAAUACGCCGCUCGACGUGCUCGUUAUCGACAUGCCUCCUGGUACCGGUGAUGUGGCACUCUCACUCGCACAGCUCGUCAAGGUAGAUGCGGCGCUCGUCGUCACUACACCGCAGGAGGUUGCUCUAAUCGACGCUAAAAAGGGCGUCUCCAUGUUUCGAAAGACUGGUGUUCCCAUCGCAGGGCUAGUGCUCAACAUGAGCCACUUCGUCAGUCCUGACACGGGCAAAGCUUUCGAGCUGUUUGGCAAAGCCACCGCCGUGGAACGGUAUGCGGACAAACAAAGUUUGGAUAUCCUGGCCAGGAUACCGCUGCAGCCGCAGUUGAGUGCUGGAGGCGACGAGGGCAUCCCAGCGACACUCAGAGAAACGUUGGCGACGUUUGAGAGCACAACAAGCGACACGGCAGGCAGAACGCAACAGCAACUGCAACUGCAACUGCCGAACCACAUACGCACGGCCUUUUUGGAUCUGGCGAACAAAGUUUGGACUCGAUUGGGACAGUAA